AUGUUGCGUCUUCUUGCCAUUGUCUCUGCCAUCGCUGUCGUAGGCACAAACGCCGCUUCAGACUGUACAGCUACUAUAAACUCACUUGAUGAUGUUGAUGACGCCAAAAGUUGUACGACGGUGAACAUCAACGGCUUCACGGUUCCGGCUGGUGAAGGAUUCACCCUUUCACUGGCGCAAGGCACAACUGUAAAUCUAAAUGGUGACAUUGCUUUCGGAAACAAGAGCUGGUCUGGUCCCCUCUUUACCGUCAGUGGAGACGACAUUACCUUCAACGGUAAUGGCCACACUUUCGACGGCGGAGGACCAUUCUAUUGGGACGGCCAAGGAUCUAACGGUGGUGUCACGAAGCCUCGACCAAUGAUGAAAAUCAAGAUUUCCGGUACAUUCAAAGACGUUCGCGUUGUCAACUCCCCAGCGCAAACAUUCAGUGUCUCAAACCCUGGACCGCUUGUCAUUGAUGGAAUGAAUAUUGAUAAUUCACAGGGUGACCUUCCAAACUCUAAGAGUGACGGUGACCCGGCAGGACACAAUACGGAUGGAUUCGAUUGUUCAACAACUGACCUAACAAUCCAAAAUAGCAUGAUCAGGAACCAGGACGAUUGCCUCGCCAUCAACAAGGGCUCCAACAUUGUGUUCACAGGCAACACUUGCCAAGGUGGCCAUGGAAUUUCAGUCGGCUCAAUCUCAUCUGACGUGACGGUCUCGGGAAUUGUCAUCAGCGACAACACCAUAAUUGACAAUGACCAGGCGUUGCGCAUCAAGAUGAAAUCCGACGCCACUGAUUCCUCUGUUACCAAUAUCACAUACUCUGGAAACAAGGGAAGCGGACUGAGGCAGUUCGGCGUGCUCAUAGACCAGAGCUACCCAGAUACGCUUGGCACGCCGGGCACGGGCGUUCAGCUCAGCGACGUCAACUUCGUCGGUGCAACCACCUCGCUUAGCGUUAAUAGCGACGCGAUGCAGGUGGCUGUCAACUGUGGUAAGGGUGCGUGCACCGGAACGUGGGAUUGGAGCGCCCUUCAGAUUACUGGCGGUACUGAGGGCGAACUCAUCAACUUUGAUGGCAUUGAAGGCUUCACGGUUUGA